CGUGUGCGCCCCGGAAGCGGAAGCGAGCACCUGUUUCCGGUAGGCUGAUUCGAGGAUUUGUUUUGUCCCAAGCGGCGCCCCUGGAGAACUGUAGCGGGGCAGGCCAUGCCUUCCGAGGGUCGCUGCUGGGAGACCCUGCAGGCGCUGCGCAGGUCUGACAAAGGUCGCAUUUGCUACCACCGCGAUUGGCUGCUGCGGGGCGAGGAUGUUUUAGAAGAAUGUAUGUCUCUGCCCAAGCUGUCUUCUUACUCUGGAUGGGUAGUAGAUCAUGUCCUACCCCAUAUGCAAGAGAACCCACCUCCCUCUGAGACUUCAGCAUCCCCUAGAUCUACUUCAGCCCUCGGCCAACCUUCAUUUGUUCCCAAAUCUCCUGUCGGAGACCCUGCCUUCUCACCAGCCUCCUCAGCAACACCAAAUGGAACCACGGACAAAUAUGAGUCUCAGCAUACAGAACCUAUGGUACUUCAGUCCUCCCAGGGGAUCAAAGUGGAAGGCUGCAUCCGAAUGUAUGAGCUCCUGCACAGAAUGAAAGGAGCAGAGGGCUUGAGGCAGUGGCAGGAGGAGCAGGAGAGCCAGGCGCGGGCCCUCUCUGAGAUGGCAUCUGAGCAGCUGAAGCGCUUUGAUGAGCGGAAGGAACUGAAGCAUCAUAAAGAAUUCCAGGACUUACGGGAAGUGAUGGAGAAGAGCUCCAGAGAAGCCCUGGGGCAGCAAGAGAAGCUGAAAGCUGAGCAUCAUCACAGAGCGAAGAUUCUCAACCUCAAGCUGCGGGAGGCAGAGCAGCAGCGCCUGAAGCAUGUGGAGCGGGAGCGGCUCCGGAAGGAAGAAGGCCAGAUCCGCCUGCGGAACCUCUACGCGCUGCAGGAGGAGGUGCUGCACCUCAGCCAGCAGCUGGACGCCACCGACCAGCGCAGAGACCUGCCCAGGGUCGACCUGUCUGCCUUCCGGACCCGAGGCAACCAGCUGUGCGGCCUCAUCUCGGGGAUCAUCCGGGCCACUUCUGAGAAUGGCUUUCCCACAGCAGAGGAGCAAGCUGUGGCUGAGAGAGCGCUGCAGGAAAUGCGGGACCUCCUUGUGAACUUGCAGCAGGAAAUCGCCAGGGCCUGUGAGGACAGGAGGAGGCAGGAUGAAGAGGAGGCCCAGGUAAAGCGGCAAGAGUCACAGGUGCAGCAGGGGCCAGAGGUCCGCAAAGAGCCCCCAGCUUCCAGACAGGGCCCAGGAGGGAAACUGAACAAAGACCUCCAGGUGAAGGUGCAAGAUAGUACAAUGCAGUGGUACCAGCAGCUGCAGGAGGCCUCCAGUCAGUGUGUGUUGGCCUUUGAGGGACUGAGCAACAGCAAAGACAGUCAGGCCAAAAAGAUCAAAAUGGACCUCCAGAAGGCUGCCACCAUUCCAGUGAGCCAAAUCUCCACCAUUGCAGGCUCAAAGCUGAAGGAGAUCUUUGACAAGAUCCACAGCUUACUCUCUGGAAAACCCGUUCAGUCUGGUGGGCGCUCUGUGUCUGUCACACUUAACCCACAGGGCCUGGACUUUGUCCAGUACAAACUGGCAGAGAAAUUUGUGAAACAAGGGGAGGAGGAAGUGGCCUCCCAUCAUGAAGCAGCAUUCCCCAUCGCAGUCGUGGCAUCCGGGAUCUGGGAGCUCCACCCCAGAGUGGGGGACCUCAUCCUUGCUCAUCUGCACAGGAAGUGUCCUUACUCUGUUCCUUUCUAUCCCGCUUUCAAAGAGGGAAUGGCUUUGGAAGAUUAUCAGAGGAUGCUUGGCUACAAAGUGACGGAUUCCAUAGUAGAACAGCAAGACAGCUUUCUAAAACGCAUGUCUGGGAUGAUCCGUCUCUACGCUGCCAUCAUCCAGCUCCGGUGGCCGUAUGGAAACCGACAAGAGAUUCACCCUCAUGGCUUAAAUCAUGGCUGGCGCUGGUUGGCACAGAUCUUAAACAUGGAGCCCCUGUCAGAUGUGACAGCCACCCUCCUCUUUGAUUUCUUGGAGGUGUGUGGGAACGCCCUCAUGACGCAGUACCAGCUCCAGUUCUGGAAGACGAUGCUUCUCAUCAAAGAGGACUACUUCCCCAGGAUUGAAGCCAUCACCAGCCCAGGACAGAUGGGUUCCUUCAUACGCCUCAAGCAGUUCUUGGAGAAAUGUUUGCAGCGCAAGGAGAUUCCUGUCCCCAAGGGCUUUCUGACGUCCUCCUUCUGGCGUUCCUGAUAUCAUUCCAUCGCCCACCAUCACCAUUUUGUUGCAAAGGGACAAUAAUAAAGCAACUGAAGACAGCUGUAUUUGGGAGAAGUCAUGUCAAUAUGUGUUUUGUGUAUUUGUACCUUGUGACUAGGAGAGCAGAUUUUCAUGGGUCACAGAUCUAAGAGGUCCUUUAGUAGAUGUGAUGACUCCUUAAAGGGGUCUGCAUGACAGAGUAAGCAGAAUUGGCCUUUCUCAUUUUUGCAAAAAAUUUGAAAAAAAAAUUAUGAGAAGAGUUUAGCACUUGA